AUGGAGGCCGAGUCGCCGUUCGCAGUAGCCAUGACGGCGUACCUGGCCUCCGAGAGCCCAACCAAUCUCGUUUGGGCCCAAAAGCUUAAACCGCCAGAAAACCCUACUCCCCCCUCUGCUCCCACUCCUCCCCUCCGCCAUGGCCGCCGCCUGCGGCUGGGCUCCUACCUCGGCGACGUCUCCGCGCUCUCCUCCCCGCGUCCCCUCCUCCUCGCCGGGACCGGCUCGGAGCUGCUCGUCUACGACCUGGACGCCGCCAGGCUCCUCGCCUCCUUCCGGGUCUUGGACGGCGUGCGCGUCCACGGCAUCCGUGCCCCCAGCGGCUCGCCCCCCGCCGACGGGCGCACCGUCGCCGUCUUCGGCGAGAGGAGGGUGAAGCUCCUCAGGCUCCGCGUCGACGCGGAGGAUGGCGGCGUACGGCUGGAGCUGGAGCAGAGGCUCCCCGGGUUCGAUCACUGGGUGCUCGACGCUUGCUUCCUCGAGGUGGACGGGCUGCUCGCGGUCGGUUUGGGCGACAAUUCAGUGGCGUUGUGGGAUUUGACGGACCGCGUGUUUGUUACCAGAGUGAAUUCUCCAGAGAAGUGCCUUCUGUAUUCAAUGAGAAUGUGGGGGGACUCUGUUAGAUCCCUCCUCGUGGUGUCUGGUACCAUUCUGAACGAGGUAAGCCAUUCUUAUAUUUGGAAAUUGGUACCCGAAACCCGGAGUUCUUCCUUGUUAAGCUCGGACGAGUUGGGUGCUACUAGUGUAGAGAACCACAGGAUCUUACCAAUGAAACAGCCAAAAUUGUUAUGGCAGUGCUCGCAUGUGGAUGUUAAGUUUGCUCGCAUGUGGAUGUUAAGUUGUCAGCCACAGGAUCUUACCAAUGAAACAGCCAAAAUUGAUGAUGUGGACAUUAUACCCAAACUGACACUUUUCGGACACAGUGCUAGAAUUUGGGAUUGUUGCAUAUCUGAUUCUAUAGUUAUAACUGCUGGCGAGGAUUGUACUUGCUGCAUUUGGGGCAUGGAUGGAAAGCUAAUCAAAACAUUCAAAGAACACAUUGGCCGAGGAUUAUGGCGAUGUUUAUAUGAUCCAAGCUCACUAGUUCUGAUCACCGCGGGGUUUGAUUCUGCAAUCAAAGUGCACCACCUAUGUAACUCCUCUUUUCAUGACAUAUUGGAAGAAAACGUGGCCCCAGAUGGUCUGAAAUACGAUUCUGAGGUGUUUGAAAUAUCUUCUCCUAUAGUAUCAGGACAGCAUGGUGCCUUGGAUAGCAAAAGCGAAUAUGUCCGAUGCUUACAUUUUGUGCAAGAAAAUGUUCUCUAUGUUGCCACAAACAAUGGAUAUCUGCAUCAUGCUGAGCUCUCUGAUACAAAAGAUCCAAGAUGGACUGAGGUUAUUCAGGUCACUGAGAAAGCACCAAUUAUAUGUAUGGAUGUAAUGACAGGGUGCUCAGACAUUUCUUUGGAUAAGGAGGAUAUAAUUGCCCUUGGAGACGGUCGUGGAAAUGUUACUAUUGUCCGUUUAAGCAGUCCCAGUCUUCUUGAACCUAAAAUGGAUUUAUCUUUCACCUGGCAAGCUGAAAAGGACAGGCAACUACUAGGACUGUACUGGUGCAAGUCACUUGAAUGUAGCCACAUUUUCACAGCUGAUCCUAGAGGCACUCUUAAGUUAUGGAACAUAAGAAAUGCCCUUUUCUCAAAUGGCCAUCCGAUUACUCAGGAGGUUUCACUUGUUGCAAUGUUUGAAUCUCCCUUUGGGGCUCGAAUCAUGUGUUUAGAUGUAUCACUUCAGGAUGAGAUCCUUAUAACAGGUGAUAAAGGUAACAUCGCUGCCUUUCCUUUUCAUAAAACAUUGGCAGCACAUGACAGCAGUGAGGCACAACAGAAGAUACCUUUACGUGACCGUUUUAAAGGAGCUCAUGGCAUUUCUGGUGUCACAAGUGUUCAGAUAAUCACCUCAGCUUCAGAUCAUAUUGAAAUCCACACUACUGGGGGAGACGGCUGUAUUUGCUUCUUCAAGUAUGGGAGGAAUGUGAAAAACGUUGAAUUUGUUGGAAUGAGACAAUUGAAAGAAUUAGGCACCAUUCAAUCGAUCUACGCUAAUCAUACCUCUGUUAACCAAUUGGUUGGUACCUAUGCAAUAGGUUUCACCUCUGCGGAUUUUAUCAUUUGGGACCUUGAAAAUGAUACAAAGCUGGUUCAAAUAUCCUGCGGAGGAUGGCGGCGCCCUUAUUCUUACUAUCUUGGGACAGUCCCUGAGUAUCAAAACUGUUUCGCCUUCGUAAAGGACCACAGUAUUCAUGUGCAUAGACACUGGGCACCAACUCAAGAUAGGAAGUUGCUUCCUCAAGUUUUUCAUACACAGUUCCAUGGAAGGGAAGUGCAUUCUCUUUGCUUCAUAGAUCCAGCAAGCUAUUCAAUUCCUCAGAAGAGUACGGAUUUGUGGAUUGCAACCGGGUGUGAAGAUGGAACCGUCCGGCUUACAGGGUACUCGGCUAGUAGUGCCGGAAGAUGGUGCUCAUCCAAGCUGCUUGGGGAGCAUGUUGGCGGGUCAGCUGUGAGAGAUACGUGUUUCAUCCCAAAAACAUACACAUUAGCAGAUAAAUCGCGCAACUCUAGUGUCAGUUCUGCCGACACUUGGGUCGAAAACAAGGACACCACUUACAUAUUGAUAUCUGUUGGAUCAAAGCAAGUUCUUACGGCUUGGAUUCUAGAACCUAGAAUUGCAGAGAACAACAAACAAGUGUGUUCGAGUGAUCGAGAUUUAGACACCAAGCAAAGCUCAGAAUGCUCAGACAAUAGUGGUUCAGCCGUUACAUUUCAGUGGCUUUCUACCCACAUGCCACCAAAGCUUGGCACCAAUAGGUUGAAAGCUGAUCAUGUAAAGCUGAACUUCGAGGAAGGCGGGAAAGGAAAUUCCUCUGCUCAACCCAAUCUGGCUAUUAUGGAUCAGAUGGAAAAUGACUGGCGUUACCUUUCUGUUACAGCAUUUCUUUUGAAACAUCCGGCUACCGAAUUGACAGUUUGUUUUGUGGUUGUUGCUUGCUCUGAUGCAACAGUUAUUGUCCGUGCGCUUCUUUUGCCUUCUCGACUAUGGUUUGAUGUUGCCUUGCUGGUCCCACAGGCAUCACCAGUUCUUGUGCUACGGCAUAUUGUCGUCGCCUCUAGUGCCCACUGUGAAGGUGAUGCUUAUAAUGGGGAUAGAUACAUUAUCGUGAGUGGAUCUACAGAUGGUAGCAUCACAUUGUGGGACCUAACAGACACCAUUCAUGGCUUUAUGGAACUAGUAUCAGAGACUAAGCCGCACAUGGUUAUCGACUGCCAAAAGCGGCCCAAGACAGGAAGAGGGAGUCAGGGUGGUCGCCGUCGGUGGCGACCACUGGCAAACAGUUCUGUGAAAAAGGGUAAUGAACAGGCAUUGCUCCCCAGUGAGAACAAUCUGAAUACCUGCGGUGCUGCUGUGGAAAAUUCACGCGGAACUCCCAGAGCGGAAGAAAAUGUGGAAUUCCUGCUGGCGGGAGGGUGCGCCGUCUGUUUUUUGGGGAUGAUUUGUAACUCCAUUUGAUGUGUAGCACUUUUCGACAGAGGGGAUGAAUUACAGACAGUCUGCGAUCUGGUGCCACUUUUAGAAGGCUGGCUUUAUUUGAUUGAAUGGAAUAGAGAAACCUAAGUCGUUUCUCAUCUGGAUC